AUGGCCGAUCGGGGCAGGGAAGAGGAGGAAGAAGGGGUGUGGGAGUCCCCUUCGACGGGUGGUGACUCUUCGGAUGGUGGCUCUUUGGAUGGUGGCUCUUCGGAUGGUGGCUCUUCGGAUGGUGGCGCUUCGGAUGGUGGCUCUUCGGGUUCACGGUCCUCAUCCUUGUCCACGUCCCCUUCUCUGCUAUCAUCAGAUGAUUCGCGAGAAGGAUCUCCGGUGCCGCUUGACGAGGAGGCAGAGUCCUUCGAUCAAGAGCGCCAUAGCCCUUCUUGUCGGCCAUGGCGACACGCGCCGCUGCCGAUCUGGCAUCAGUUGCAGCAGAAUCGCCAUCGCUGGUGCGCCACGCUCGAACAACGCCAGCGCCUUCCCAACCAGGUCCUGUGGCGGGUGGCUCCGGAUGCCGGGGAGCCCGCGGCCAUUCCACGCUUUGGUUUGAACUUUAGCCCCGACGGUCGAUUUCUUGCUUCAUCAACGGAAAGCGUGACGGACAUUUUUGUCAGCCAUAAUCAGCAUGUUGUUGCCCGCCUUCCCAUGGCCUCCAACACGUCCCGCUGGUGUGGGGACUGUCGCCUGCUCCUCGGAGACGACGAAGGCUCGGUCCAGCUCUGGGAUUUGCGCAACCCCCAACAGCCAGAGCUGCAGUUGCAAGGCCACAGGCAUAGCGUCAAGUCCAUCUUUGUGCUAAACGACCAGCAAACUGUGCUUACUUGUGGCUUUGAUGAUCAACUUUUACUCUGGAAUCUGCAGGAUAGCGCUGUCGAUGGCACGCUCCAGCCCAAGCGACAAGGGUGUCUCCACGAGGCUACCCGUUUGACUCUCAGCCCUUCUUGCGAGCAACUCGCUUUUUCCCUCAACUUACGCCAGACCUUUCCUUUUGGCGUCAAUGUCUUGUGUCAAAUCGGUCACAACCGUCGCGCUCUCGAGGACUUUGUAUGCAGGGCCGAGGACUUGAGUAUGAAUUUGCUGCAUCGAACGUACAUGGGAUCAAAGCCGCCUCGGGGUCUGCAGACGGUCUCGCCGUCCAACCGG